ACAAUCAAGUACACGAGUAUCCAUAUUGUAUAGUAGAGAUUUAAAGAUAGAAGACACACGCUCAUCCCCUUAUCAUGACCCAGUCAAACCCCUUUCCCACUCUCUCUUCAGAUACCUACUACUAGUAUAACAACUCCUAUUUCUCUUCCGCAUGUCAUUCCAUUCCACCAUCUUUCUACUCUCUCACUCCUUUCUCUUUCAUUUCAAUUAAUCUCUCCCAACAAAAUUGACACAAACAUGUCAAGUCACAACAAGAAAAGGAGAGUUAUUCUCAGCAACACUACUGUUAAACUCGGCUGUUACAGCUGCCGAAAAUCCUCCAAGAAAUUCCUAUUUUUCUUCUCGAAAACCAUUCAUUUUAACCUCCAAAAACUCAAAAUCAAUCCCACGUCCCGCACCUCCUCCUCCGCCUCCUCGCACUUUCACACACCCGUCUUGUCUUUCUCCCCGGCCCCGUCGAGGCCCUUACAGGGAUUCGGGAGGAUCGGCAGCGAUAGCCUCGCUGUCGAAAAAGAUUCGGAUGACCCGUAUCUCGAUUUUCGAAGAUCGAUGCUUCAAAUGAUACUGGAGAAAGAGAUUUAUUCCAAGGAUGAUUUGAAGGAGCUUCUCGGUUGUUUCCUGCAUCUGAAUUCACCUUAUCAUCAUGAGAUAAUUGUUCGUGCUUUCACCGAUAUUUGGAACGGUCUUUACUCUAGUUAUCGUUGAUUCAAGAGCUCUCUCUCGGCGUCCGUUACGCCAAGCCCAACUGCAUGGCCGUGGUGGACUCCACAUGCAAGUCACGUGACUUGUGGCUUAGCUUAAAAGGUUACAUUGUACACUUUGUGACAUUUGUUUGCGUAGGAUUGUAAUGUGUGCCCUUUUUAGUUGUUGCACUAAAGCUAGCUACGUACUCGCUUCUUUUGUUUAGAUUUUAUUUUCCUUUCGAGUAGCCUACCUAGUUCUUUUCUUAUUUGUCCUGUUUUAUUUAAUUUAAAUAUAAGUAUCUUUCAAUUAUUAUAGACAGCCACAGGACUACGUGCUCUUGGUUUCGAGUUCCGGCUGCUGAGUAACCGUCAAAAAUCCCUGUUACAAACAGUAACAUAUGAAUUUGUAAUCGAAAGAUGAAAAAUUGUUGAAUAAAACUAGAAACAUUAUUUUUA